GAUAGGCCAUUAUGCAAAUUUUCGUAAAAACCCUAACGGGUAAGACCAUCACGCUAGAGGUCGAGCCUUCUGACCCAAUAGAAAACGUUAAAGCUAAAAUCCAGGACAAAGAAGGUAUUCCUCCCGAUCAACAGCGUUUGAUCUUCGCGGGUAAACAACUAGAAGAUGGGCGCACUCCUUCUGACUACAAUAUCCAAAAGGAAUCAACCCUUCACUUGGUUUUACGGUUGAGGGGCGGCGGCAAGGGCUUCAGGGAAUACGCCAUUAUGCAAAUUUUCGUAAAAACCCUCACGGGUAAAACUAUCACGCUAGAGGUCGAGCCUUCUGACACAAUAGAAAACGUUAAAGCUAAAAUCCAGGACAAAGAGGGCAUUCCUCCUGAUCAACAGCGUUUGAUCUUCGCAGGCAAACAACUUGAAGAUGGACGUACUCUUUCUGACUACAAUAUCCAAAAGGAAUCAACCCUUCACUUGGUUUUACGGUUGAGGGGCGGCAUAGGAGGUAUGAUUGAACCCUCCCUUAAAAUUUUAGCCAAAAAAUAUAACUGCGAUAAACUGAUAUGCCGCAAGUGUUACGCUCGAUUGCAUCCAAGGGCUACAAAUUGCCGCAAGAAGAAAUGUGGGCACUGUACCGAGCUUCGCCCGAAGAAGAAGUCAAAGUACAAUUAAGUUUUGUUUUAUUUUUUCAACAACUGAAUAUAAAAUGUGCAUUAUUGACACUAAUAAAGAAUUUCGAUAUUAA